AUGGCUGACGAUUCUGCUGUGAAUGAAUCAGCGCAAGUUGUUUCAAGGAAUACUGAUAAUGGCACAACUGUACAGUCUCAAAAUGAUACUCAAGAGAAUCAGGUGGAAGGAUCUGAAAAUCAACCUGCACAACCACAGGGCUUUAAUUUUUGGUCAACAAUAAAGACAUUGUUUGUUAGAAUGCUCUUUAUUUACCUAAUUUCAAGCUUCUUCCGUAGAUCACCAACAAAUCCUACACCAAACACUACUCAAGAUGGAUCCCCAGCACCUGUAAAUAAAUUAAAUGGACCUUCUGGACCUGCCACUAAUCUAUUCUCUAAAGGCACUAUAAUGGACCUAUAUGUGUACAUAUCAGAACAAGAAGAUUUCACAGAUUUUGAUAAUGAACAGGCCUUGUUUUGGACAAAGAAAAAUCUGAUAUAUGGCGAUUGGACAGAUGGAGAAAAUGGAGAUGGAACAUUUGAACACAGUGGAAAGAUUCCUGCGUCUCAGAAAUUGCAGAACAAUGGAUCUCUAUAUCUACAUGCAUACUUUGUCAGUGAAGGAAGAUCACCAGAUCCAAGCAAUAAAGGAAAAUACAGCAAAAGGAAAACAGUCUACAGAUCUAAACAAUUGAAUAAAUUUAAAAAGAGAACCUUUCAUAGCUCUGUCAAUUUAUUAACUGGUGAAACAGAUGUUCAUCCAGAUCUUAUCAAGAAAGAAAAUAUGUCAUCAUUUGAGAUCUUAUCACACUGGCAUCCUAAUUUAACAUUGAAUCUACUAGAUGAUCAUUCACCAUGGAUGAGAGGCUCAGUUCCACCACCUUUAGAUGAAUAUAUAGAUUUUGUACCUGGAUUAAAUCACUAUUAUCCUGUGAUAUAUUUUAAUGAUUAUUGGAAUUUACAAAGAGACUAUACACCCAUUAAUGAUACUCUAAAAGUCCUGAAUUUUACUCUGACCUAUUCCCCUAUCUCACUGUUUAAAUGGCAGAUGUAUGCUGCUCAAGGUAUGAGAAAUAAAUGGUACUCAUUUAUGGGUGGUGAUAUGAUGGAAGAAUCAGACCAAGAUCAAGAUUCUUUAAAGACUGCAUUUAUUGAGACUAACCCCUAUCUAUUAGGUAUGACUAUUGUAGUCUCUAUUUUACACAGUAUCUUUGAAUUCUUAGCUUUUAAAAAUGAUAUCCAGUUUUGGAAAAGUCGUAAAUCUCUGGAAGGAUUAUCAGUUCGAUCUGUAUUUUUUAACGUAUUUCAAUCAUUAAUAGUAUUAUUAUAUGUUAUGGACAAUGAGACCAAUACAGUGGUUCGAAUCAGUAUAUUUAUAGGAUUAGGCAUUGAAAUAUGGAAAAUUCACAAAGUUAUGGAUGUCAAGUUUGACAGAGAAAGAAGAGUCUUUGGUAUAUUUCCUAGAAUUAGUAUCACAGAUAAAUCAAGUUAUACACAAUCUAAUACUAAACAGUAUGAUAUGUUAGCAUUUAAAUAUUUAUCAUGGUUGUUGUAUCCAUUGAUAAUAGGCUAUGCUAUAUAUUCAUUAUUAUAUCAAGAACAUAAAGGCUGGUAUUCCUGGGUACUUGGUAUGAUGUAUGGUUUCUUACUCACUUUUGGUUUUAUAAUGAUGACUCCACAGUUAUUUAUUAAUUAUAAACUAAAAUCAGUAGCUCAUCUACCAUGGCGUAUGUUAACAUAUAAAGCAUUAAAUACCUUUAUAGAUGAUAUAUUUGCUUUUGUUAUCAAGAUGCCAACACUGUAUAGAUUAGGUUGUCUACGUGAUGAUGUGAUAUUUUUUAUCUAUUUAUAUCAAAGAUGGAUUUAUAGAGUUGAUCCCACCAGAGUCAAUGAAUUUGGUGUUAGUCAAGAAAUGUUAGAACAAAAUGGUGAUGCCAAACCAGUUGAAGGAGAAGAAGAUACCCAAGCCAUAGAAGGAGGAGAUGGUGAUCUCUCUUCUCAACCUAAAACAGAACAAGAUAAAAAGGAGGAUUAACUUAUGUAUAUUGAAAUUAUUGGCUUUAUCAUAUUGGGACAAUGGAGUCAUAUUUGGAAAUUAUCCUAUAGUUUACAACAGAUUUCUUUUGCUGUCAACUGGACCAAUAGCCUAUAUGAUUUAAAGGGGUCGAAAUUAGUUCGUUAUUAUUGAACUGCAUUGGCCAAGAUAUCACAGAUUGCAAAGUGAUUCCUAAAGCCAAUUUAUGAUAAAGUCUAAUCUUAAAUUAUUAUUCCCAUAGAAAUAUCAAAUUGAUGCUAUCAGUGUCCCCGAUACACAUUACUAAAUUUAGAAAAACGUUUUACAAUCCCUUUAAAACAUAACCACAAACAGUGCAUUUUACUUUUAGGUAGUCUAAGUAGUAUAGCUUGUUUAGUUUUAAUUUAUUCUACACAAAAAAUAAAGUAAACUGUUAAUGAAUUAGACCUGGAUGAGCAAAGAUACCUUUGCUUGAAUAUACCUUAAAACAUAUGAACACUGAGUAAAAUAUUCAUCUUAGCCUAAAAUAUCAAUCAAAAUAGAAAAAGAUCAAAUGCAAAUAGUAUCCGCUUUUCUUAUGUACAUUAAGUAAAUGAUAUAAAAUAGUACAAGUAGAAUGAAUUUGCUGCCAAGUUGAGCAUGUAUUUUAGAGAUUGAAGAGUGUUCCUGUAGGUUAAUUAUAUGCAGACUAUUUUUGAUGAAAGACAUCCAAUUUUAUGUUAUAUUUGAAUCCCCAGUUAUUGUAAUAUUUCAUUAGAAAUCCUCAUAUUGUUCAUGUACCAUUUGUAAUUUGAGAUUCAUUUUUAGCAAGAUAUAAAAAAAUAAAUUUUAAUACUU